AUGCAAGGGUGGACUCAGACCACAUGCCUGUCUGUGCGACAAUUGAGAAUAAAGAAAGAAGAGAGGAAGAAGAAGAGGCUGACUAACGCAGACGACGUAAAGUCAACAGAAGGAACAUGGAGGAUCCGUUGGGAUAAGGAGACAAUAAGAAGAUAUAAGGAGAAAACGAACAAGAAUAUAUUCGUGGAGACACAGCAAGAAGAAACUAUAGAGGAAAAAUGGACAAAUCUGAAAAAGAUGGUACAUGAGGCUAUGGUAAAGAAAAGGGUAAAUACGACGAGGAGAGAGAUGGUCCACAAAGAUUGGUGGGACAAGGAAUGUACAAGGAAGAAAAGGAGCGUGAAAAGACUUUAUAAGAAAUGGAGAGUGGAAAAAUUAGAUAGAGGAAGAUAUCUGGAGGAAAGAAGAAACCUGAAGACCCUACUCGAACAGAAGAGGAAGGAGAAGAGGGCAAUGGAAGAAGAAUUAAAGAAUAUAAAGAACGGAGCUGAAGAGCUAUUAGAAUAUACGGAUAAAGAGAAGAUACAACCAAACAGAAAAGGAAUAAGUGAAGAAAGAGAAGAAGGCGAACAGCCAAAACUACAGUUGAACGAGGAAGAAAUAGAAAAAGCUAUCAAAAGGAUGAAGAGGAAUAAGGCCACAGGUAUCGAUGGAAUACCAAUGGAAGCCUGGAUGUAUGGAGGCGGCUCAGUUAAGAGGAAGUUGGUGGACCUGCUGAAACACAUCUGGAGAGAAGGAGAGCUACCUGAAGACUGGAAAACGUCAAUCAUAGUCCCGCUACACAAAAGGGGAGAUGAGGAAAAGGUAGAAAAUUACAGAGGAAUCUCGCUUCUCUGCUCUGCGUAUAAGAUAUAUGCAGAGGUCCUUAGAUGCCGUCUAAAGAGGGAGGUGGAUCUGAAGGAUCUGCUUCCAGAGAGCCAGGCGGGUUUCAGAGGUGGGUGGGCAACGGCUGAUAACAUCUUUGUCCUGGAUCACCUGGUCCAAAGAGUAGAUAAAGAGGGAAAGAAAGACAAAUUGUAUGCCUUAUUCGUAGACCUAAAGCGGCAUUUGACAAGGUGGAAAGAGAGCAACUGUGGAAGAUCUUGA